AUGCCUCGCUUUGACGACGCCGACUUUGCCGUGGACGCUGCCCCUGCCCCGGGUGCCCGCUCCCCCCGGGAUGCUCGUGGUAGCGCUGCUGGCUCUCUGCCCAUCCCUAACGAUGCUGGCAACACUGUUGAGAUCCCCGCUACUCGCAGCUCCAUCAGCGAUGCUGCUCAGUACAUGCACAACCUGAGCUUUGCUCCCUCCUCCCGGGACCGUCGUGGCUCCCGCAACUCCUUCGGCACUUCCCUGCCCAUCCCCAGAUCUCCCCGUGUCUCCCGUCUUUCCUCGGUGGUCACUGCGGAUGUAUCCCGCGACAUCCUGGCCUCUCAGGUCCAGGACAUGUCCAAGGAGAAGGUCGCUGCUGCUAAGAACAUGGCCUUUGCUUUCGAUAUCGAUGGUGUCUUGGCCCACGGUAACGAGGCCAUUCCCGAGGCCAAGGAGGCCCUCGCGAUGCUCAACGGUGACAACGAGCUGGGCAUCAAGAUCCCUUACAUUCUCCUGACCAACGGUGGUGGUAAGACUGAGGAUGAGCGCUGCGCCCAGCUCACCGAGGUCCUUGGCUGCCCCAUCUCCACCGACCAGUUCAUCCAGUCUCACACCCCAAUGCAGGCGUUGGCCGAGUACUACGAAACCGUCCUGGUCUGCGGUGGUGAGGGCCAGAAGAUCCGCAAGGUCGCUGAGAACUACGGCUUCAAGAACGUCAUCCAUCCCAAGGAUAUCCUCGCCUGGGACCAAACCAUCUCCCCCUGGGGCUGCUUCCACGAGGAGGACCGUCUCCAGGCCAAGCCCCGCGACUUCUCUAAGAUCAAGUUCGAUGCUAUCCUGGUGUUCGCCGACUCCCGCGACUACGCCACUGACAUGCAGCUCAUCAUGGAUCUCCUCCUGGCUGAGGACGGAAAGCUGCUGACCCGCGCCAAGGACCCCGUUGCCUCCCGCAUCCCGGUCUACUUCUCCCAGGGUGACCUGGUCUUCCCUACCGACCACAAGGGUCCCCCCCGUCUGACCCAGGGUCUCUUCCGUAUCUCCAUUGAGGCUCAGUACAAGGCCCUCACCGGUGUCGACCUGGAGCGUGUCGUCUACGGCAAGCCCGAGCGCGCCACUUACACCUACGCCGAUGAGGUCAUGAAGGCCUGGAUGGAGCAGAUCCACAACGAGAACCGCCUGCCCGAGAACAUCUACAUGGUCGGUGACAACCCGGCCUCCGACAUCUGCGGUGGUAACAUGCACGGCUGGAACACCUGUCUGGUGCGCACCGGUGUCUUCCAGGGCAAGGACAACGACGACAACAACCCGGCCAACUUCGGUGUCUUCCCCAACGUCCUGGAGGCUGUCAAGGCCGCCGUCCGCAAGGAGCUCGGCCAGGACUUCAAGUUCAAGUGGAACCCCAAGGUCAACCCCGUCCUCCACGGCGACGGUGCCUCUGCUGUCGAGUAA